AUUUCAAUUGAAAUCAUUUUAGUCUGCUAGCGGUGGAGUUAACAGUGAAGAGAGAAUGAAGAUGCUAGAGUCUAAUUCCUUUGCAAGUUCAAGGUAGCUAAGUUCUAUGCUUUCUAUAAUUGUUUUUAUCAAAGUGCUUUUAAGUACGAUAAAUGAUGGUAAUUGAACUGAGAGGAGUGCAGUUUGGUCUGAAAUCAUAGGCGUGAUUUCAAAAUCAGACGAGCGCGCAGCGCGAGAAACAGAAACAGAAAUGAUGCGACAUAGAGCAAAAAUGGUACGAUUUAAAACAGAAAUGAUGCGAUUUAGAACAUGACUGACACGAUUUGGAACAGAUGUGAUUUAGAAAAAUAAUAGUGUGAUUCGUCAAGAUUGCAGGGAACACCACUGAUUUCAAAAUGGAUAUUACAACUGAUAAAACCACUAUACGCAAGAGAUAAGUUUUCCGAACUAAAGAGAUUCCAUGUCUACGGAAAAUUUUGCUGAGUUUUGGAAAUUAGUUUUUGUUUCGAGUUGUCGCAUCAGUUCAUUCCGGCUAGUGAGCAUGCGCAGUGCUGGCUCAUGAAUUUUAUGUGGUCACUCUAAACUUCAGUUUCGAUUUGCGAAAGGUUUCUUUUUUCGCCCGUUCACUGACGUUUUAAGAUGGACACUGAAAGAUGACUCAAGAAUACAUUAAGAACUGCUGGAAUGCUACGGUGUUGGUUUUAAACCGAACGAACAUUAUACAUUUCUGACUUAUCAAAACUCCUGGUAGUUGUCAAUGUGGGAUCAAUAUACCCCCCUUUUUGUCCGAAAUUGAAUAAAAAUUUUCAGAAUUCUUAGUAAAAAUCUGUCUGUAGCUAGAGCCUUUGGACACAGAAGCUGAGGACCAUCUAAAAAUGAGAUUAAAGCUAACGAUAGUAUUUCCAUUCCAAUCAAGUUUUACAAAGCUUUCCGGAGGCACGACUGACCGUUCUUCCCAAUUUGUCCCGUUAUUAUUCAACAACGUCAAUGGUGACUAGUGACUCCAUAGAGUAACAUACUGAGUACUCCUUCGCCCGAAAAACGAUUAUUUUCACCACAUUCCACUGUCUUUCACCCACGUUUGAAAUCUAGUGUCCCACCCCACUUGCGAAUUACUGCCCAUCCCCCUUCCCCCCUCCCCCACAAAAAUAAAUCCACAUGCAAUGUACUCAGUAGACACUGGUGGUUGACUUUUUCUUUUUUUUUUAGACGGUAGAUUCACCUAUUCUCGUCGUAGAGGGGCCAAGAUUCAACCUCGUUCCGAGAGAAUUCUGGGAACGAGGUUGACAAAGAUGGUUGUUAUCAAGAGGUACACGGACGAGCAGUUGAACUUCUUAAAGCUUACAACCCUUGUCGUCGAUGAAUUCUCUAAAGCCCUACGCCAGACGUUCAAACACAUGUGGGAUAACGUUGGCUCGGGACCGAUCUGGGAUGACUCCGAAGGUGUGAGAAACUUGUUUUCGGGACUAGAGGGAAGCAACUCCAAAGUUCCCACAACUGAGUCGUAUAAGAGGUGGGAUUGCACCGCGCUGUUUCAAGCCACUAUCUACGCGAAAGUCUUCUCUUUACCGGACAGCAAAGGUAACCUUAAAACACUCAGUGAGUUGUAUGUAAAGCCCCGUGGGUUCAUGCCUAAUGGGAGUUUCCACACCUCUGUAUUAAGUACGGGUGGGAACGAUGCGGAAACGCUCGCACUUGCGAUUGAUCAGCUGCGACUCCUCCGGAAUUCAAUUAUUCAUUCCGCCAGUUCAGAAAUGGAUAAAACAACGUUUGAUCGGUACAUUGAACUCGCUAAAGACGCGUUCGAUGCUCUUGGAGUGGCGACAGACUCUAUUGAUGCCGUUGGAAGUUGGAACGAGUCCCACUUUCCUACUGGAGAAGUUGAUCGGUUGAAGCGCAAUAUCUGCCUUAUGGCAGUUAGUACCGGAGUUUUAUUUGAUUAGGCCGAUUUAGAUGGCACGACUGCUUAACAGGGCAGGUCUUUCACAGUAUUAAUUGCAUUUAUGUGACGCGUAGUCUAAUGCAAGUUUUCGACAAAGUGAUCAAAUUUUCGUUUGGCGAAACCACAUUUCCUAUGCUGUUUUUAAAGAAAUCAUUAAUUAUAGACAUUUUGAAGAGACCUAUUCGGCUUCUAACCUGUUUUUAUAAGGUUUGCUACGGUUAUCAUUGGAAACUGUUGUUAAUUGGUUUUUAUCCUAGCUUUCUACCAAAGUUAUCAUGAUUGACGAAUUUUGAUGCACUAUUAAUAUUGUGGAAGGUAUGCUCUGUCACUUGACGUCAACGGACUCACUGUCAGCAGCAUCGUGAGCUGACCGGUCCAAAUGAUGCCAAAUUGUUGCUUCAGGCGCCACUGAAAAUCGCGUUUGCGAGAGGGCUCUCUGUAUGAUAAUAAAUAACACUAAUAUAUAUUAAAAUAUAAUUAUUUUUAUACGAAGUCUUGGACGGACUAUAUAUGUAUAUGCAAAUAGUUUAUACAGUUAUGAAAUAAGCAGUCGAGGCACUAAGUCGGCCCUUAAUCAAUCUUUUACGUUGACCAAGUCAGGCAGGUCCUGAUGCGGAAAACGGUCUAUUUAUAUUUUAUAUCACUUUUAAAAAAGACCAGUUUUUGUAAAUAUUUUCUCAGCAUCGGAUAAGAAUGUUUGUAAAUACUGAUUAGUUGCUAGUUACAAAUUAGCUUGAUGAUGAUGCCCCAGAUUAAAUUUUAAAAAUCAUCAAAAAUAUAUAUAUUACAAAUAACUAACAAACGAGGUUUCAAAGCCAGCAAGCGUCUUUAAAUUAGCUUUCAGACAAGUAGAAAAAAAAAAUCUUAGAAUACAAUAGAAUAGAACUGGAGGUUUACUGGUUAUAGGGCCUUUAAGCACGCCGAUGCAAAACUGUUUGUUAAUCAAUUUUCAUUUAAAAACGAACAGAUCAUGUAAGUCAGCAACUAGUUCAUAUGCAAAAUCGCCUUGAGUAGUGUCUUUAGACUAUUAAUUUUACAGAAGUAUAAACUGAUAAGUGAUCAUUAUAUAAGCGAAUACUGGUUAGGUAAUAACUUGGCUGCUAAGAAGGUAUUUAAGUUUUGACUUAGCCAGGAGCCCACAAGGGCUCCUGCUUAGCGAAGAACGUUUCAUUGUUCUUUGCAUUUUUGAGAACUUUCCCGUACAACCAGCCGCAAGCUUUUCUAUCCCGGUUCAUUGCUUACUUUGUUGCUCACUGAACAUAAUUCCUAAUUACAAAAGUUUCUGCAACUGUUUUUAGCCGAGGUAAAGCGUUUACAUUCGUACUGGUGGCAGUGGCAGCCUGACAGCCAGGUGUGUUAGCAUUAUUGUAUAAAACAAUAAUUUUUGCCCAAUUUGAAACGUGAAUUGAGACGCGAUUUUUAUGAAUGUUACAACCAUUGUUAUUUACAAUGUUAUUUACAUUAAGAUAAUCACCAAAGCUUGUGCCUUGUGGUAGUUUUACAGUUUUCGUCUUGAUUUAUAAUAUUUUAAAGAUGUUUGAUUAAUUAUAUACUCUGGUAGAGAAACUCCUUUUGGACGUCGAGUUUUCAAACGCGCACGUGCCUUAGUAAGAUUUUUAAGUUCUAUCUUUUGCUAAAAUUAAAACUGCAUGAGUUAGUACUCAGUUGAUUUCAGUGUCCAAGCAAAGCAAACCUUUGUUUUGCAUUGAUGAGUUUUUCCUAGGAGUUGUCCAGAAGAGUUUUAAAAGUUCUCCAAGGAAAUACUGUUUUUACCAGUCUAUUGCGUUUUUGGGACGUUUGUUGAGUUGUCCCGUGUUUGGAGGCUACAACCCAGGUUAUCCGGCAGUGUUUCGCAAUCGGAUCGUUUAGCUUAUUUGAUUAAAUAUAAUUCAGUAAUUUAUGGCUGUUUGAGAUUAGGUGCUAGAUAAACAUCUAUUGCUCAGAGGUCAAUGCAAUAUUUUUUCUUAGCUACUGACACCGGUUUUUUCCUAGCAAACUCGUAAACAAACUUAUGAGUUAAUAAAUAUGGGAACAGAAGGGACUCUAAAUUAGUAUUAUUACGACUAAUUAAUAUUAUUACGACGUUCUCGGUUUUUUGGUAGUAACUGUAUGGUACAAAGUGAUUUUAUUCAUGCGAACAUUGUUUGAAAAUUUCUGACUCAGCUAUUUCAUUUUGACUGGACAUUUUCUGAUGUGAAUUUUUGGACUCAAAGUCAUUUUUCUUAUUACGCCAUAACCUCGAGCUAAAUAUGCUAAUAAUUCUAGCAGCCAAUCGGAUUUCUACUGGUCCUACUGAUGUAACAAUAAGUUUAUUAUGAGUAACACUGACAGCCCUCAAGUCCAGUCAGGAUAAAUUAAAGGAGCUGCAACAAGUUUUUGUGUGCUUGUAAAGUGUCAAAAUGAGAAG